AUGAGCGAUUUAAAGAUUUGCGUGAUGGGUUCAGGUGGUUGUGGUAAAAGCUGCAUCACCAUCCAAUUCAUUCAGGGCACAUUUGUCCAACGUUACGACCCAACCAUCGAAGAUUCCUAUCGAAAACAUCUCGAAGUCGAUCAAAAAGUUCGAGUCUUGGACAUUCUCGACACGGCAGGUCAACAAGAAUAUUCAGCCAUGCGUGAUUCUUAUAUGCGAACUGGAGAUGGAUUUGUUUUUGUUUUUGACUUGACAGAUCCUUCUUCAUUGGUAGAUGCACUUGAAAUGCAUGAACAAUUACAACGAUCCAAAGAUAGAGAUGACGUGCCAGUGGUACUUGUAGGAAAUAAGUGUGAUUUAGUGAGUGAAAGAGCCAUUUCCAAGGAAGAAUGUUUGGAAUCUGCAAAGAAAAUGGGUCAAUAUUGUAAAUAUGUCGAAGCUUCUGCCAAAGAGAAUGUGAAUAUUACAACCAUCUUUGAGACGGUGGUCAAGUUAGUGGAUGGAUAUGAAAUUGAUGAAAUGAAUGGUGUGAGUGACGAUGAAGAGGAAGUCGUAAAGGUACAGGACAAGAACUCACAAACAUUGAAAAAGAAGAAGAUUCGAAUGCCAAAGAUGAAAUUGAAUUCAAAGGCUCAAUGUUCUCUGUUGUAA